AUGAAUGUACCUCCGGUAGCAGCGGCAAUUCCGCCCCCUAUGGGUAUGCCACCAAUGUUUAACAUGCCGCCGCCAGGGUUUGGAGGGCCACCGCCACCAGAGUUGGCCGCGGCGUUUGGUGGCAUACCGCCUAACACCGAAUGGACCGAACACAAAGCUCCAGAUGGACGACCGUAUUACUACAAUAAUAAUACUAAGCAAAGCUCCUGGGAAAAACCUGAAGCCCUGAUGACUCCGGCAGAGCGAUUGACUCACCAAUGCCCUUGGAAAGAGUAUCGUUCGGACGCUGGAAAAGUGUACUACCACAACGUAAAUAGUAAGGAAUCGCGUUGGGAACCUCCACCUGAGUUUUUGGACAUGCAAUCAAAAGUUAAAGCUGAAGAAGCUGCCGCAGCGGCGAAGGCAGUAGCUGCCAUGACUUCAUCCAGCUUAGCAGGGUUGGUGCCACCAGCAGCUCUGGCCAGUAUACUCCCCGCGACUCUUCCCACUGUGGUAAAUAUAGCUACACCUGAUAUUCGAUCACCUUUGACCCCGGGCAGUAACGAAAACUCUUCGUCCGCCCUUGAUCAGGCCAUGGCCGCGACAUUAGCCUCCAUCGAAAUGCCACAAGCUGGCAAAGAAGAGAAGGAAAAUGCUAAAAAAGAAUCGCCAGCUGAGGAGACCAAAAUCAUGUAUAAGGAUAAAAAGGAGGCUAUUGAAGCUUUCAAGGAUUUGCUGCGGGAGAAAAAUGUACCCUCAAACGCUAACUGGGAUCAGUGCGUGAAAAUAAUCUCCAAGGAUCCACGUUAUAGUUCCUUUAAAAACUUAAAUGAAAAGAAGCAGACUUUUAACGCAUAUAAGACCCAAAAACUCAAAGACGAGCGCGAAGAGUCACGUUUGCGCGCCAAAAAAGCGAAGGAAGAUCUUGAACGUUUUCUCAUGUCCACCGAUAAAAUGAAUUCACAAAUGAAAUACUAUAAAUGUGAAGAGUUAUUCGCGACGAAUAAAAUUUGGACAAAUGUACCAGAACAGGAUCGCCGCGAUAUUUAUGAUGACUGCAUUUUCAACUUAGCAAAGAGGGAAAGAGAGGAAACCCGCUUGAUGAAAAAGCGCAAUAUGAAGGUGCUUGGUGAACUACUGGAAUCGAUGACCACGAUUACGUACGAAUCCACAUGGGCGCAGGCACAACUCAUGCUGCUGCAAAACGCUGCUUUCAAGAACGAUGUCAACUUACUCGGCAUGGACAAGGAGGACGCGCUGAUUGUUUUCGAAGAGCAUAUUCGUUCAUUGGAAAAAGAAGAGGACGAAGAGCGCGAACGCGAGAAGAAACGUCUAAAGCGGCAACAGCGCAAAAAUCGCGACGCAUUUCUUUCUCUGCUUGAUGCGCAGCACGAAGCUGGAAAGCUAACCUCCAUGUCCUUGUGGGUCGAACUGUAUCCAAUCAUCUCAGCAGAUUUGCGUUUUUCAGCGAUGCUCGGCCAGCCUGGAUCAACCCCACUAGAUUUAUUUAAGUUCUAUGUCGAAGACUUAAAGGCGCGCUAUCAUGACGAGAAGAAAAUCAUACGUGAAAUCCUUAAAGAAAAGCAGUAUGUGGUGCAGGCAAAUACUACGUUUGAGGAGUUUGCUACAAUUGUCUGCGAGGACAAACGCUCGGCAAACUUGGACGCGGGCAAUGUGAAAUUGACCUAUAAUGCUUUGCUCGAAAAGGCAGAAGCCGUCGAAAAGGAGCGAAUAAAAGAAGAAUCGCGUCGCUUGCGGAAGCUGGAAAACGAAAUUAAGGCCGAAUGGCAAGAGGCAAAUAUUUCAGUUCAAGAACCCUACGAAGCUGCUAAAAAGUUGGUGGAACACUUAGAAGCAUUCACUACAUACGAAAAGGAACUUGGCGUAAAAAAGAUCUGGGAGGACUACAUCAAAGAGAAUGAAGACGCCUGUAGUCACCACCAUUCGCGUUCACGCAAAUCAAAGAAAAAUAAAAAGCACAAGAAACGAGUACGUUCCAGUUCAAAAUCGGACAUUGAGAAUGAUCAGGAGGAAUCUGAGAACGCGAAGUCGAAGAAAAGAAAAUCUCAUUCACGCUCGCGUUCGGUUAGUUCUAGUGCCAGCAUGGAAAGCGAACGCGUGUCUAAGAAAAAGAAGCGUCGAAAGAACAAAAAAUCGUCGCGUGCUUCAUCCUGCGAAUCCGAACGUCCCAUUUCUUCGCCAAUCGCCUCACCUUCAGCAUCUCAAAUAGAUGACAAUGCUGCUACCCGGAAGAAGAAGCGUGACAAAAAAAGCAAAAAGGAUAAAAAACAUCUCCGCUCCUUAACACCAAUCAGCGCAAACGGUAGCAAUCAGUCGGACAUUGAAAAUUCCGGCAGAAACUCAAGGAAUGCUGAAGAGCAAGCCCUAAGCGAAACCGAACUUGAAACAAAACGCGCCGCUUUACUAGCACAGUUAAACGAACAAAUGGAAGAUUGA